AUGAAAAAGGAACUGGAAUCGAUCGAGAAGAACAUUACUUCGGAGUUGUUUGAUCUACCGGAACAAAAGAAGCCAAUCGGUGUGAGAUGGAUCUAUAAAGUGAAGGAAAAACCCAAAGGUGAAAUUGUCAUGCAUAAGGUUCGACUAGUUGCGAAGGAAUUUUUGCAAAGAGAAGGUAUAGACUUUGAUGAGGUGUUUGCACCUGUUGCUAGGCUAGAAACGAUAUGGCUAGUUGUAGGCUCUGCGAAUUGCAAUAAUUGGUCAAUGUAUCAAAUGGAUGUGAAAUCCUUGUUUUUAAAUGGUCCACUUAAGGAGGAACAUGGUGUCAAUGUGAAGGCGGAUGCAAGCAAAGAUGUGAUUAUACUUUGCUUAUAUGUUGAUGAUUUGUUGAUAACGGGAAGCAAUGAGCCAUUAACCUUUGCUAAGAACCCCAUUGCCCAUGGGAAGAGUAAGAAUAUUGACAUGAAGUUUCAUUACUUGAGGGAUCUGGUGUGUGAAGACAAGCUGAAGUUGGGAUAUUGUCGAAGCGAAGAACAAGUUGCGAAUUUUGUUGAGAAAUUGGGUCACAAAUGUUGUGUUCAAGAAGUUGGUGAUGAGCUUGGGCAUGAAGAAGUUGGAGCACUUGAAUUAAGGCGGUGUAUUGGAUAUACAUAA